UCAAGGUUGCAGGUGCGAGGGGCGUUGGCGACAAGAAAUACUAGCUUCUAGCUAGAGCUCUCGUUCGUUUUCAUCACUCAUUGGCCCCCGCCGCCGGAAGUCCAGAACCUCUCCUCCCCCUCUUGCUCGACAGCCGGGGCGGCCGGGCUGCUCGGAAGUCGGAACCGGCGAGUGGUAGCCAGCGGCGAUCGAUGGGGUUCAUGAGCGGCGAGGAGGUGGUGGUGACGCUGGCGCCGGUGGCCGUGUACUGGGUGUACGCGGGCAUCUACGAGGCGCUGCUGCGGCACACCACGGUGCUGGACAGGUACAGGCUGCACUCCCGGCGGGAGGAGGAGACUAAGAACAUCGCCUCCAGGAAGGACAUCGUCAGGGGCGUGCUCCUGCAGCAGGGCAUCCAGGUCGCCAUCUCUGUCGCCGUGCUCAAGCUGGAGGGUCGCGGCGCCGCCGGCGACGGCGACGGCCGCGCGGCGCCGCCGGAGCCGUUCCUGGUGUCGGCGGCGCGGUUCGGCGUGGCGAUGCUGGUGCUGGACGCGUGGCAGUACUUCAUGCACCGGCUCAUGCACUCGGUGCCCUGCAUGUACCGGCGCUUCCACUCGGGGCACCACCGCGUGGCGGCGCCCUACGCGUACGCGGCGCAGUACGGGCACCCCGUGGACGGCGUGCUCACGGAGACGCUUUCGGGCGCCGCCGCGUACCUGGCAUCGGGCAUGCUCCCGCGCGCCGCCGCGGCCUUCUUCGCCUUCGCCACCGUCAAGGGCGUCGACGACCACUGCGGCGUGGCGGCGCCGUGGAACCCGAUCCAGGCCGCGUUCCGGAACAACGCCGCCUACCACGACGUGCACCACCAGCGCGGCGGCGGGCGGCGCAACUUCUCCCAGCCCUUCUUCGUGGUCUGGGACCGCCUGCUCGGCACGCACGCGCCGUACGCCCUGCGGCAGAGGGACGGCGGCGGGCUCGAGGUCAGGGCCUUCAAGCCGGAUCCGACGCGCUAGCAGGCUGGCGCCACACCAGGCCAGCAGGGCCGGCCUCGUUUACCGUUUAGUUUUGGCUUGUAUCAGCUGGGUCCUGUGUGACUGUCUCU